AUGGAGGUGGAGCCACCACCAGCUGCCGCGGCCACUGUAGCAGCAGCGCUUCUGAAAUGCCGCGGCAACGGUGGCGGCGGGGAGCCAACGCUCGAGGCCUUCGGUAAGGCGGGGUCGAGGAGCCCGAGCCGCGAGGCCGCCGGCGGGCCUCCACAAGAACCGGACGGCACCCCCGGGCCAAGUCGCCGCCGCGGGGAGGAGCAGGAGGAGGAGCCGCUGAGGCGGGGGCUCGCGGCGGCUCAGGCGCGGGCACGGGCGCGGCGGAAGGCGGGGCACGCCACGCCGUCGCCGUCCUGGAAGCUGGAGCCGUCGCCGCCGCGGCCGGAGGAUGAGGCGCUGGCCGAGGCGGAUUCGGGAGCGGGGAGGAGGGGCGCGCCGGCCGCGUCGGCGCGGCAGCUGGGCGCCACCCUGUGGGAGAUCCAAGACGUCAUACGGGCCGCCGGCGCGGGCCGACGGAUCCGACGCCGCGGGCGGAGGGCGCCCGCCGCCGAUGACGCGAAUGCGGAUGCGGAUCGGCCACGGAGUUCAGGUGGCUUUGGAGCACAAAUUGCAGCUUCAGUCAUGGAGCAUGAGAAGUUACAUGAAGAAAGAUGUCACUCAAGACAGCCUCAUUCUCCUGCAAGUUACACUAGCUCAGUUGGGGCAACCACAAUAAACCUUAUCAGCCCAACUCGGUCGUUGGAUUGCAACGCCAGAUUUAGGCAGCCAGGUAAUGAUAUUAAAACGUCAACAGAGCUACUGAAAGUUCUCAAUCGAAUAUGGAGCUUGGAAGAACAGCAUGCAGCUGAUGUGUCAGCAAUGAAGGGAUUGAAACGAGAGUUGCAUCAUGCCCAGGCAUGCAUUCAAGAACUUCUGCAAGAGAGGCAGCGGUAUCAUCACGAAAUUGAUUCACUAGCCAGGCAAGUCACUGAAGACAAAAUGGCUCGAAGGAGCAAGGACCAAGAGAAGAUGAGAGCAGCCCUUGGUUCCCUGCAUGAGGAGCUUGAAGAUGAGAGACGUCUAAGGAAACAUUCUGAGACUCUCCAUAGGAAGCUAGGCAAAGAGCUAUCCGAGAUGAAAUCAGCAUUUUGCAAGGCUGUGAAGGCUCUGGAGAAAGAGAAGAAGACAACCUGCCUGUUGGAAGAUCUUUGUGAUGAGUUUGCGAAAGGAAUCAGAAACUAUGAGGAGGAAGUCAGGCUGUUAAAGCAAAAGCAUGUAAAGGAGUAUGAACAUAAGUUUGACAAGUCUGUAGUUCAUAUUUCAGAAGCAUGGCUUGAUGAGCGAAUGCAGAUGCAUAAGACUAAAAUGAAGGAAGAUUUGUCCGGUAAAACCUCAAUCACAGAGCGGCUGAGCAGUGAGAUUGAGGGUUUUCUUCAUCAUGCUAAAAGGCUAGGUAAUUCCCAGAAUGUUAACUUAGACAAUGGUAAUGAAAAGCGUGAUGCAAGUUUGUGCCGGCAGUCCCUUGAGUCGGUCCAUCUGAAUGGAGCCACUAGUGCCCCUCAGCUAGCUGAAGAUGAUGAUGGCAGUUCUAUUGCCAGUGACUUGCAUUGCUUUGAACUGAACAUGCAUGGAGGUGUCAUUAGGAAUCAUGACCUUGCAGGAACUCGAAGGAGGGUUACAGGUUGCAUGCAUUCACCAAUGCGAAGGCUGGAAUAUUCCAAUGGCAUAUCUGUGGAAGGUUCACCGAUGUCAAAUGCACCACCUUGCCCAAAGAAAGAAAAGACAAGGUCUAGCAUCAGCAGACAACAAUUUAUCACUUCAACACCAGAUAUUAGCUCACGCAAUGAUGCUAGCCUUGCUCCUGCAGAUGAGCAGAACGAAACUGUCAUGACCCAAGUCUCGAGGCGAUUACAUGAUGACCUAUUGAAGAUCAAAUCAGAGGCUCCUCAACAUGCAUAUCUAGGGCAAAAAUCAAACCAGCCUCGGACAAAUCAAUUUCAUGAAUCUACUUCUCGGGAUCUUUGUGAUGUGCGCAGUCCAGCACGGACUCUGAAUAACCCAGCCCAAUCCUUGGGUUACGAGAUAUCUGAACCCCCAGCUCAUCAGCUCUUAGGCACAAAGGAGAACACUCUGAAGGCGAAACUACUGCAAGCAAGGCUAGAGGGGCAGCACGCUCGACUGAGCGCAUCAGUAUUCCCCUUGAUCAGCACAAGAAGGAAAUGA